AUGGAGAUGUUUGGUCAAUUGCAUUCAGCUGUCAAUGAUGGCAAUGAUGGGUGGUAUGUUGUCAUGUUUCCAGCCUUGCAGAUGGCAUCACACAAGGAGGGUGAAGAAGGUCUGGACAGCUAUGAUUUGGCUCGGCGCCAGGGUUCGAAGGUGGACAAGUUCAAGAAGAUGAAAUCUGAGGAGGCGAGCUUGGCCAAGUCGGAGGAGCAACCCACGCAGUGGGGCAUCGUGCGGAAAUGGUGUGCAAGGAUCGUGAAGUCGGCUUUUUGCGAAAUUUUCUUCGCGCUGAUGAUUGUCAGCAACUCUGCCUAUCUUGGCAUUCAGCUGGAAUGGAGCUCCCAGAACAGAGACAGGACGGCUGAGCAGCAGGAUGUGUUUCUCGUUCUCAACAUUGCCUACGCCAUCGUCUUCCUCGUCGAGGUUUGUCUGCGUUUGGUGGCCAGUGGCUUUAAGGAGUACUUUCUGGCUUCUGGCUGGUCAUGGAACUGGCUCGACGUCUUUGUUGUGACGUCGACUUGGGUGGAGCUGGUUGUCGGCUUUGUCGAAGUUGAUGGAAACGACGGUGGUCUGUCAAACAGCAACCUUCGGUUGCUCCGUGUGAUCAAGGUCUCAAGACUUGCACGUGUCCUUCGAGUCCUGCGCGUUGUUCAGUAUGUGCGACCUCUGCGGACACUGAUGCACUGCUUGGUGGAUACGACCAAAUCAUUCGUUUGGUCACUGAUGCUUCUACUGCUCAUGAUGUACGUGUUCGGUCUCCUCUUCACAGAUGCGGCCAUUGAUUACCUGCGGAAUCCUUCGCGAAGUGGAAGCAUGGAUCUUGAUGUCUUUUUCGGAACUGUGCCUGCUUCCAUUUCAACGCUGUUCCGCUCAAUCUCGAAUGGCAUGGAUUGGGCCACUGCGGCGGACAGCCUCGCGAGAAUUGACCCUUUGUGGGCCCAACUGUUCAAUUUUUAUAUAGCAUUCAUAAGUUUUGCUGUGUUGAAUGUGAUGACUGGCGUGUUUUGUAACUCGGCAAUUAAAGCUGCUGAGCGCGAUCACGAGAUGGUCAUCCAUUCACUAUUGAAAAGCAGGAAGGAGUUCAAAGAGCUGGUUGCCAAUCUUUUCCAAAAGAUCGACGAUUUGGGGCUUGGGAUGAUCACCAUUUCUGAGUUUGAGCGGCAUUUUAAUGACGAAGCCGUGCGGGCCUUUUUUGAAUCGUUGGAGAUGGGCGCUGUUGACGCUUGGACAUUGUUUGCAAGCUUGGAUGCCGAUGGAGACAAUGUCAUCAGCCUGCGGGAUUUCACCGAGCGAUGCAUUCAGUUGCAUGGUCCUGCCAGAUCUGUCGAUCUGUAUGCGCUCACGCAGCAGAAUGUAAAGCUUCGGCAGCAGAUGCAAACCAUUGAAGACCUCCAGAUUCAGAUUGAUCGUCAUGUCCGUUCGCGCCCUCGCGUGGGCCUGGCAACCGCAACGAGCAAGAGCAUGAAGGACCUGCAGUCGACGUUAUCAGAGUUUGCAGAAGCGGAUUCGACCGAUUGUCGGGUAUGA